GGCUUAUCCUAGGAGCGUCUUUGACACACCGAGCUGCAGAUGGCCUUGAAAUCUCACUGACAGGCGAAAGGGAAAUCGAGUCACACCAAAGCGGCCUCCUGCCCUGGUACCUGCCCCUGCACGCCCGCUCUAUGAGCCAUGGAGGCCACCGACGUGCCGGUGGGGAACCUCAUUGACUUUGAUUCCGAGCCCCCUGCCUCUGUCCCCGCUGAGUCCCCUCCCUCGCCCCCUCAACCCUCCAGCGGCAAUGGGUUACUGGCGGACCUGGGGGAUCCAGAGGCUGUAGGAGAGGAGAGCGACACCACGGAGUCGGCCGAUAGUGAGAACGACAUGGGGGAUUCGCCCAGCCAUCACAGCUGGAACAACUACCGUCGCUCCUCGUCCAAUGAGUCCUUCUCGUCCAACCAGAGCACGGAGUCAGCCAAGGACGAGGUGAUGGUGGAGCGCCGGGAGUUCAUGAGGCAGUACGUGGAGAAGAUCUUCAGUGGGGGGGAGGACCUGGACCAGGAAGAGAAGGCCAAGUUUGGGGAGCUGUGCAGCGGAGAGAACGGAAAAGGCAGGGAGUGGUUUGCAAGAUACGUCAGUGCUCAGCGUUGUAACUCCAAGUGCGUCUCGGAGCAGACUUUCUAUCGGCUGGUGCAGUCCUUCGCGGUGGUGCUGUUCGAGUGUCACCAGCUGGAUGACUUUGGUCCUGCCAAAAAUCUAAUGACCAUGUGUUUCACUUACUAUCACAUCGGUAAAGCCCAGGCGUUGCCCUCAGAGGCUAAGGAGAAGCCCAUGGGGAGCAUCGACUCGUACCUGAAGUCGGCAAACAGCUGGCUGGCUGAGAAGAAAGACAUUGCCGAGCGACUCUUGAAGAACACGUCAGCGAAGACUGAGAAUGUGAAAGGCUUCUUCGGGGGGCUGGAAACCAAGCUCAAGGGACCCACGGGCAAGAAAAGCGAGGAAGGGGAAGACAAACCAAAGGAGAAGCUGCAGAAGACAGUUUCCUUGUACAGCCCCGAGGAGGAGGAAGAGGAGAAGAAGGGAGAGAAGAUCUAUUUAUAUAUGCACCUGAAGCAGCAGCCUAUCUGGCACACCCUGAGAUUUUGGAACGCAGCCUUUUUCGAUGCUGUCCAUUGCGAGAGGAGGAAGAGAUCUCCCACCACCAGAGGGAACACUGGAGAGGAAGAGGAAAAGAGGGAGAAGUGGUGUCACAUGACCCAGGAGGAGCGUGACGACAGCCUACGGUUUAACGAGAACAUCACUUUUGGGCAGCUUGGCACCUUCACUCACAACAUGUUGGCGUUCGGCCUGAGCAAGAAGCUCUGCAACGACUUCCUGAAGAAGCAGGCCGUGAUCGGCAACCUGGAUGAAGAGCAAAACAAGCUGCUUACUGAUCACAUUGAGCAAAUGGCUGCUGAAUAGCCAUCUGGCCCGUGUCCGGCGUU